AUGCUGUUCCUCCUGCUCGGCUGUCUGCUGCCCGCCACCUGUGGGGAAAGCUGCUUCCGCUGCUGGCCGGAGCUCCCUGCGCUAGUGGACUAUGAUCUGCAGGUCCUCUGGGGCACCCCGGGGCCACCGGCGGAGCUCUCCCAAAAUCGUGACCACUUGGAAGAAGAAGCAGCCAACUUCUUCAAUAACCUAGACCUAGCCAUUAAGAGGUUGCGAGAUGAUAAGCAGCAACUGCUGGAAGAAAUUGACAAUUACAAGAAGCAGUUUUCUGAGAGAUUGAACAUGAUAUCUGAGGCACUGAAGGAAAAGGACCUGCGCCCCCACAUGGAAGUCACUAAUUGUGUCAACUGCAAGAAACAUUUCCUCUCCUGCCAAGACCCCACCCUCUGCCCAGCGAUAUCUUAUGCAUCCUAA